CCCUGAGAGGGCGCUUUGAAAAUUACAAUGAGGAAAGGCGAAAUAUGGCGACACAGAAGAGGCUGCACAAGGAGUUGAUGCAGAUUCAGAAAGAUCCCCCACCCGGUAUCAAAAUCAACGAAGAUAAAGCAGCUAGUACUCUCAAUACAUGGCUUGUGGAUUUAGAUGGUGCACCUAACUCUAUAUAUGCUGGAGAAAAGUUUCAACUUCAAUUCAAGUUCAGCAAUAAAUAUCCUUUUGAUUCACCGGAGGUCGUGUUUAUAGGUGGAAACAUCCCUGUACAUCCACAUGUGUAUAGUAACGGUCACAUAUGUCUAUCGAUACUCACGGAGGAUUGGUCCCCCGCCCUCUCAGUACAGUCCGUAUGUCUAAGUAUAAUUAGUAUGCUCAGCAGUUGUACAGAAAAGAAAAGACCACCAGAUAACAGUUUCUAUGUAAAAACAUGCAAUAAGAGUCCAAAAAAGACAAAGUGGUGGUAUCAUGAUGACUCUGUAUGACACAAGCAAAGCUUCCAUCUUUCACCUUUAGAGAUUUCCAUCUUGCCCCUGACUGGACAUCUGGCCCCUGCAACUGAGAGCUCAAGUGACAGGAAGUCCUGAGUCGAGGUCGAAGGUUGCUACGAUGAAGGUCAAGGUUCAUAAACAACUUUCCUCUCAUUGGACAUGCUUCAUCUAGCGACAGGAAGUCCUCUGCUGAGGUCAAAGGGUCGACUGCAUCGUUGAAAAUCAGGCCUCGUCUCCAUCUUCUGAUUGGACAUGAUCCAUUUAGCCCCUUGUCCGUUGCAGCUGAGAGCUUUCCUAGUGACAGGAAAUCCUCAUCCCCGGUGUAAGGUCACACAGAACUGUUGAAGGCCGUCUCCAUCUUUCUCCUUAUUGGACUGGACCAUGUAGCCCGUGGUCCAUUGCAGCUGACAGCAUAUCUACUAACAGGAAGUACUCAGCCUUGGUCAAAGGUGAUACAGACUCGACCAAGGUGUAGGAUCAUCGAAAACUAGGAUUGACCCCCCCCCCCAUUGCUGGUAUACUAGCCUUUGAUUAAAUUCUUCUGAUUGAUGCUGUUAGAAAAACCAUUUUCAGGUGAGAUGUAACUAAAAUCAAGUCACUAACAGAUUUUCCUAGUGUAAGAUUGGUAAAUAGAUGUACAAUAUACUUCUGGGUCUUAUAUAAAUUUUGUUUACUCUUAAUGUCAUGGUGACUUUACCAUUAUGGUAACUAACAUAGAAACGUUGAUUUUUAUUAGCUGCUUUAUAGUAAAACUACAUGCAUCAUGAUAGAUACCAGUAGAGUAAAUUUACCAGUGUUUUUGAUAUGCAACAGACCUUCUAGUUUUGUUUGGGUCGAUCGAGACAGCAUGGUAAUGACCUGUUAUCUAUUAGAACUGGUUUUCCCUGUACAAAGCCUAUGGGAAUUGCAGAAUUCAGCAGUCGACAGGUCAAGAUCUACAUGUGUCCUCCAUGCUGGACGAAGGAUGUCCCUAUCAACGUUCUUGCUGGCCAAAGCUCGUCGCGACCAAUGCUCAUCGUGCUGUAGGAGACAUUUAUUUCACUAAAUUCAGAAAUAUCCCCAAGACAUUCUUACUUCAAAGAAUAAAAAGAAUAUUGCUGUCUCCUGAAACCAUACAAGCUCAUAUACAGUUCAUGUUAUACAACUGUUACAAAGAUUGUUGUAAUUUGAUUGGCUGGAAGCCAUUCAAGAAUUUAUCCAUUUUGUGCUGCAUGCAAAUUUUAUUUUCCAUUGCACAGCGACCAUGCAUGUUUUAUUUUUCCAUUGCAGAGAUGCCAAG